GUUUAUCGUCGACUACUGAUAGAAGCACUACAUACAGUGGGUGCCACUCGUUCUUGUUAUCGUACUAUCCACUUCGCAUUUACAAGUUGGAUCAAUGGAGUCCGCCCCCGCGAGUCCUGAGGCUCGGGACGACGAGGACCCAACGGCAGCUGCGGGCGGAGAACUGCGAGAUGAAGAUGCAGCAGGAACAGCGGUUGAUGUUGAUGACCUUGACCCGCCAGCACCAGCGCAAGAUGUUGAAGUUGAUGGAGAAGGCAACCGCAAUUCGGCGAGGGCAGAUGAAGACAAUUCCGGACAAGAUGAACCCUCAUCGCCACAGUACACAGCGGUGAAGAACGAGUCGGAGUCGGCCGACGAAGGAGUCGAGGUCGACGCUGACGAGGAACAAGCUAGUCCCCGAGAAGUUCCAGUAGCUCAGGUGGACGAGCGGCCAGAAGAUGGUCUAACAAGUGCAGUUCUUGUAGAAGAUGAUCUUGAUCAUCAACAGCCUCUGGAACAGGGAGAAGUAGACCCAGCCCUUGGCCAGCCUGGUGGAGCAGGUGCAGGAGCCGUGCCUGUCGAUCUCACAACUGCAUUGGAAGACGACGAGGACGCAGUGACCAGCACGAGAACCUCGAAGGCCAGCGGUUCCAAGCAGGCCGGCACGAGUACCUCGACGGCCGAGUCCACGUCGGGGGUGGUGCAUCCUGUAGUUCCCAGUUCGCCCUCGGCGGCAAAAGGUUCGUCCUCCUCGUCUUCACCUAGACCGAUUAUCGGCGGCUCUGGAAGGAAAGCGGAGCUUGCGGAGGUCUCGCAUACCCUUGCAGAAGGUGGUGGACGUGAACCUGUGGAACCUACGAAUGUAGGAGAACGACCGGAGGAGAAAUUAGUGAAGCGAUCCUCUGCACCAGCUGUCGAUGACGAUACCAAAGGUACACCGAGUCCUUUUGUCGAAACGGAACAGCACACGAUAGACGUAGACAAAAUCGCCAGCCCUGUCUUAGAUCACGAUCCUGGCGACGGACCAAAGAGAGCCACUCCUGAAGAUGAUGUUGACAUCCCACCGCCGAGAGAGGACUACGACCCUUCUAAAAACACGCACGAGAACUGCGAAGCUGGCGCCGUGCGGGUUUCGCCGUCAUCCAAAUUUGAAGAGGGCGUUUUGCAGCGGAUCAGCAUGGAAAACGAAGAUUUGCGGCAGCAAGUGGAACUGCUGCGAGAGGAGAACGCAGUCUUAAAGCAGCGGCUGCAGGCCAGACCAGUUUUGGUUAACGCGGCGACGCAAACCAAAAUUCCGCCAGAACAGCAGCUACUCUGGGAAGCGGAGAAACUGCUGGCGCCGCCUAAGACAGGCACUGAGCGAUCUUCGUCGUCGUCUGCGAAUAAAACGGACGCAGCGACCGAGGCGAAACUCGCAACACCUUCAGGACGAAGUGGCGUUGGGGCGGCUUUUGCAGCAUUCUUGCAACCAGGAACUUCCGGCGGUGGCGGCGCAACGUCGUCGCGGGGUUCAAAAGUAGGUGGUAAAGACGAGGAAGAUCCGGCGGAAAGGGAAGCACGGCGCCUGAAGUUCAUUUCCGAAAUAUGCAAAAUUUUCUCCGCACAACAAGGAACUUCGGCCAAAACUGCGACUGCCUCGGCCCCCGCACCUGUAGUUUCAGACGACCCCGACGCAACAGUUCCUUCACUCUCCCCGACAACUGCGGGCGGGAUAAAGCUGCGCAACACUGUCGCCAACUUGUGCCUCGCUGUUAUCGAGGAUCCCGUCGCUAAGGAGCGGAAAAUGGAGGGACGGAUGGUGAGCCUGCAGUUUCUCUUGCUGCAUUGGCAACUCGUGCAUCAGCAUUCCGAGCUGGACACGGUCGUCGAGCCACAGGAUCUGGCCCAACACGUGCGCGUACUGAUGAACAACGAAAUCUGGACGCCGCAGACGGAAUUGCUCGAGUUACGGUUGCAGAUCUUACGGCUGCUGGUCCGCCCGAUGCUGGACAAUCUAGCGAUUCUCAAGGAAGAAAUCGAGGAGGCGGGAGAUGGAAAUGCUGCAGUCGCCGCGACUACAACCUCUCCGGACGUCACUCCAGCCGGUUCGUCCUCCCCGACACGUAGCAGGGGAGCAAAGAAGCUCUUUCUCCCCGAGGCCAAGGCAUUCCGCAAGGAAGUCCACUCGCUCUGCAAAGUCGCACUGACGGACAACAUUUUUGUCGGGGAGAAACGGCGCGCAUGCCAGAUGCUGCUGGAAUUGGGGUUUUUAGAGGACGAGUUCGCCGAGAACGCGGCGUUGUUUGAUCUGUUGACGACAUUGCUGAUCGAGACCGAGUGCGGUUCGCCGGAAGCCUCUGCCUCAGAUUUGACGCAGAUCGCCACAGAUAACCUUCAAGUAGACCUUGAAUCCGCGACCACGAAAGAAUUGCUGACCAAAACCCUGACCUCCUUGGUUUGCCGAAACCUGCGCCUCAUCUUCUAUGCGUUUUUCCGGAUGCGCGGGCCAGAGUUUUAUGACGGCCGUACAAGUAGGAACGCGGCUGAUCAAGACAGUGGCCCGGCAGAAGCAGUGAUAGCAGAUUCGUAUGAUGUGACAACGUCGAAAAAGGCGAAAGUCAUCGCUUCGAUCAAGCGAAUCGUGGUCGAGACGCUCGAUGACCUGCUGAAAACGGGUUUUUUGUCCCCAAGCGUUUUCGUCGGCCUCGCGGGUCCGCAGAUACUCGCGGCCUUUGUGUCGGGCCAGCCACACUUUGCGGAAGCGGAAGCUGGGUGCCUGCGCAUCUUAGACAAGCUAUUCCAGGACAGCCAACUGACGUUGCGAGUUUUGUUCCUCAGUCCAGAAGUGGAGCGCGCAGCAGCUGCUGCGCCGACAAUUCUAUUGCAGACCGGCGCUGGUGCUGCAGCACGCGUACAGCAUGCGGAAGCAAGUGGUAAAAAGUUCUUUUUUCUUAGAGACUGAAACCUGAAACUCAAAGUUUGAAGCUCCACGAUACUGAAAACUUUCUUACCGUUUUAUUCGUUCCUAUUUCUGAAAAAACGCGCACCGCUCGGAAGCAAAAAACAAACAAAACAGCGGCCAGUUCGCUUUUUCCCGCACCGACAGAGACAUCAGACGAGCUGUAUUCUGACCUUUACGCAUGGGCGUCUGCCCUAGUCGUUCUGGACAGCAAGGCACCUACUUCCACCGCCUCCUCCUACACGACCCGAGUAACCGAGAACCUUCUCCUCUGGGCCGUCGCACUGCCGCGAAUGAGUGCGGGGACUUUUCGCCUGCAGGUGUUGAAACUGGAUUCCGCGAUGGUAAUUCAGAAGCUGCUGGAGUUGUUUGAAGCUGUGCUCGAAUGCGUAGACCAAUGCGAGAAGGACGAUUUGCCCUACGGGGUCAUGCAGUUUCGAGUUCUGAGAGAAUCACUUUCCCCCGGUGACAAUGAGGAGGAGGAGGAAGAUGAAAUCAAUCGCGAAUAUUGCCCGAGGCUCUCACGUUCAACUGCUGUCGAACCAUUUCUCCUCGCGUAUCAAAUGUAAAAAUGUCUGGGUCUGGAAGAUUAGAACUUGUCAUGCCAAAUCUGAAUGAUGCAAAAAUCUGUGUUGCGUGAGUACCAAAAGGUGUCCGCUUUUGACCAAGUUGAGAGGGAGUUUCUCAUGCAGGAAAGGCAUGAUAGAGACCUCAAAGAAUCUGACAUGCUGGGUCUCGCAUUCCAGACCUCAUGGGUCAUGAAAAACCUGCAUCACAAAUCUUGCAUCCUUCCAGACCCAGACAUUUUUACAGUUGAUAUCGCGCUCCACGAACUGAAACUGCCGACGAAGUGGUGGCCCGUGCUGGAGAGCUAUGGCGUUCUCAACUGUUACAUUCUCAACUGUUACAUGAAUUUGCAAUGCUAGAGUGGCAAAAGUGAAAGGAGGAAGAUUGCGCCUUUUGCAUUACAGAUUUGGGACGGAUUAUAGUGCUAUUUAGCGCGUCGAGAAGUUGUCUUGCAAAGAAGGCUUGGUUGUGUGAAUAGUGAUAGCGUUUUUGCAUGACAAAUCAUGUAACAGUUGAGAAUGUAACGUUUGAGAACGCCAUAAGAGCAGUCUGGAGAUUGUCAGGACCAUGCUGGACCACUGGGACGCAACCAGCAGGAUCAGCAAAGCGGGGGCCGCAGGACCAGACGCAGAUGAAGAAGCUGCACCAAAUAGAAGUACUCCAACGCAGCUGCCCACGACCAGUGUAGUUCCUGACCACUUGAUUGCACUGGGGUUUAUGGACCGGCUGUUUGAACUUUUCGAAGUCCCUGCCGACCUGUAUGGUGUUCUCAAAUGUUACAUUCUCAACUGUUACAUAAAUUUGCAAUGCAAGAAUGGCAAUAGUGAAAGGGAGAGGGUUGCGCCUUUUGCAUUACAGGUUUGGAAUAGAUUACAGUGCUAUCUAGCGCGUCGAGAACUUGUCAUGCGGAGAAGGUUUGAAAUUGUGAGAAGUGAUAGCGUUUUUGCAUGACAAAUCAUGUAACAGUUGAGAAUGUAACGUUUGAGAGCCCCAUAACCUGCUAACAGAGAGUCUCACCCUGGUCGCGCAGGACUGCAUGAAGGUUCUGUUGAAAAAGAGUUCCGAGAUCUGUCUCUUCUCGCUCGUGCACUUCGUCGAAUCGAAGAAAAAUCCGUUUUUCGUCGAAUUGGCUUGCUCAGCCAUGGAGGAAAGCGACUUUUUCGUCGAGGAAACAGAAUUUCUGCAUCAUUCCGGCGCUCCAGCGAGCAGUCGCAACAGCAAUCUGGAGUCGCAGAACAAAUUCCGCCUGACCAUCGUGACGAAUUUGGUCGACCUGCACCAGAAACUCCCUUCACUGGACCUCCAGAGUCGGCUGCGACGCACGCUCGCCGCGCUGUUCGACCAGGCCAGCAGCAUCGGACUGUGUUUGUCAGUUCUGCAGCACUACGAAAGCGAGGCGCAGAUCGGAGCUGGAGGAGGUGGUGGGAAAAAGAAGAUUCCGAACUUGCUUCCACUCGCGGUCGAGAUGGAGGUGUUGCGCGCGAUCGCGAGGCUGUCGUACUGGAAUCCUGGGAAAGAAACACCGUUGGUGGUGAUGUUGGUGGCUGUUCUGGUAUAGUUUUGUCAAUGCGCCAUAAACAUGUUUGUGUCUCCGCUCGUAAGUAGCUUAUUCCAUUUUGUGUGCCAUUGCAUUUGCAUGGAGGACGUGGGGCGUUCGUUUUUGCCAUGCACAUGAUUUUUUUCUUACCGAACAUGAAAAUACAUACUUCAUCUCACCUCCAGAUCGACUCUAUUCGUGAAAGCCUCCACGAGGAAUACACGGCCACGGUUCUCAACGCCGUUCUCCACCUGCUCGCCAUCGACUCCAGUGUCCAGCGCGUCCUUUCCCAGUCCCUCGUCGCCGCGUGCGCCAACGCCUUUGCCAGCAACGAGUUGAAGCGGAAAUCGCUGGAAAAACAGGACGAGCCGAUGGGCGGAAUAGGCUUGUUUGACGAAGAAGAAGAGGAGGAGAAAAAGCAGUCGGAGCGCGAACUGGCGGUGAGUUUCGUGAUGAAGGUCAUGCAACGAUUCCCGACCAGCGACCGGGUUGGCGGGAAGGCGCAGCAUUUGCUGACGUCCGUGCUGGAUUCAGGGAUGUGAAGAAAAGCAGAGUUCUUGUGUACUGUAGGACUGCACUGCAGAUCAAAGGACGAUUUUGACGCCACAUUAUUGGUCUACGCGCAUUUUUAUCGACCAUCAAGGACAUGCUUGUGGUUGUGCUACUAUAGCAAGGCGUUGCGCAUCGUCUCGCCGCUUUCGGGUUUGAUGUAAUGUUCGUUUGCCUUUGCUUUAGCUUUUUGUGCUGAGCUAAUAAUAUCUCACAUUGGCGGCCAGCACCGCACAGACCCCUCAGAUCUGGUUUUCAGAAGCACCACAAUCUAGCUCGGUCUCUUUUGUAAAAAUACCUCCAGAGGCUUCAGUUUUCUAUUUCGAGU